AUGACUGGCGCAAUGCUGGCCAAGUACAGAAACAAAAGAUCUGCGCUGCCCCCUAAACAAAUCCACAUCGGCGAUGGGGUGGCCCUUUCUGCCUCAGUCGUCGGCGUCGCCCUGCGCUCCCAAGGCAUUACUCGAUCCAACGUGGAGGGACUUUUCUUCGAGGUGGUCUUAGAACAUUGUCUCUGUGUUUGCAAUCGGCUGCCGCGGCCCAUCACUCUGCGUUUCUCCGCCCGCGACUGCAGCAGCAUGCUGCAGCAGCAGCAGCAGCAGGUGGUGACCCUCGACUCGUUCAUCCCCCAGCCACCCACUGAAAUGCAAAUAGAAGCUGGAGAGGAAGUCUCACUCCCUGCAGACCCUGCCCACAUUACAGUUUACUUUGGGGCGAGGGUUUCAAAGCCUGUGGAAGUUGACUUCUACAACGCUGGGACCUCAGUGCAACGGGUGGUGAUGCAGAACUGCAGCGAAGACAGCUCGACGCGGAGCGGGGCCUUCUCGGGGGUGGUGAAGGGGAGCCUGGAGCAGCGGCUGUCGCGGCAGCUGAGCGAAGGCACAGCGAUGGACUCUGCAGAAGAAGGGACAGGAGACAAAGAGUCGGGGGGCCUCAGAGGCAGCGGACUGAACGAGUGGGAGGCCGUGAAGACUGUGGAGCAGGAGGCGCUGCACGAGCCCGCGGCGCUGCUGCUGUGGGCCGAGACCACAGACCACAACGGCGGCAGCAAAACCACCAGCUCCGCCACUGCCCAGCGCCUUUUCCACGGCACUUUUGUCAGGACUCUCACAGUCUUUGCGGACUUCUGG